AUGACCAUCAAUCUUGAAUCUCAGAAUCCCAACAACCAGGCUCUCGCAAAGCACCCUGGAGACGUGGCCCCCAUUAAGGCCCUGCUCGCCUCCCAGAAAUAUCACUCAAAUGACAAUGCCCGCAAGGACGAUGGGAAACUGUUGUCCGAUGAUGUGACUCAUUAUGUCGUGCCUGACUGGAAGGUGGUCCAAGAUUACCUGGAAAUACUAGAAUUCCCUGAGCUGAAGGGGCUUGUUUUCAUGCAAACGGCGUGUCAAGCUUUGCAGCAUCAAAGAGGCCGCAGGCAGUACAACAAGCUGCGGAACCUGCUGAGGGACGCCCGUCACGAUUGCAUCAUGUUUUUUAACGAAUUCCAGAUGCUUUCUUAUUUGCCAAGAGAAAGAGGAGAGUCUUUGGAGAAGUGGCAGACAAGGAGUAUCUACAAUGCUUCGGUGUGGUAUUACAAUCACUUCUCGGGCCAGAUGCCCAUCGUGAUGGUGACGGAUGACGAAGAGUCUAUCCAGCAACUGGGCAGCGAAACAGAAGGUGUCUUCGUCAUCUCAUUCAAGAAUUACUUGGACAACUUCUGGCCGGACCUAAAAGCCGCUCACGAGCUCCUCGACUCCAUACUCCAGUCGCGGCGUGAACGGGAGAGUGAAAGCCAAGAGCACAGCAGGAAAGAAUACCCGGAACACGUCCCCUUGGAAUCACUGGAAGCAGGAAUCAAGUCGGGAAGAUACAUACAGGGAGUCCUGAAUGUCAACAAGCACCGAGCGCAGGUGGAGGCUUUUGUGCGGCUUCAAGGAGCCAGCCACAAAGAGAAAGAUCUCAGAACCGACGUCCUGAUUUACGGCACCAAAGCUCGGAACAGGGCGAUCCACGGCGACGUGGUGGCCGUGGAGUUACUGCCCCAGAGUGAGUGGAAGGGACGGACCUCUGCCCUCUGUGAGAACGAGACGGAAGAAAAGGCCUCGGGGGACGCUCACAGUGAGCCCGUGCCUACAGGUAGAGUUGUUGGCAUCAUACAGAAGAACUGGCGGGAUUACGUGGUCACUUUUCCAUCCAAAGAAGAGAUCCAGUCUCCUGGCAAAAGUACACAGAAGAUCCUCGUGACACCUUGGGAUUACAGGAUCCCCAAGAUCCGGAUCAGCACGCAGCAAGCUGAGGCUCUCCAGGACUUUCGGGUCAUUGUGCGAAUCGAUUCUUGGGAGUCGACGUCCGUGUACCCAAACGGACACUUUGUGCGGGUCUUAGGACGGAUAGGAGACCUCGAAGGCGAAAUUCAAACCAUCCUGGUGGAAAACAGCAUUUCUGUUAGCCCAUUCUCUGAAGCACAGAUGUGCGAGAUGCCGGUCGUGCUCCCAGAGGAGCCCUGGAAAGUGAGUCCGGAGGAGGAGCUGAAGCGCCUUGACCUCAGAGAGACGCACUUAGUGUUCAGCAUCGACCCAAAAGGCUGCGAAGAUGUGGACGAUGCGCUGUCCAUCAGAACUCUGCCCAAUGGAAACCUGGAACUCGGGGUCCACAUCGCAGACGUGACUCAUUUCGUGGCUGCAAAUUCGUACACCGAUCUUGAGGCACGAGCACGGGCCACCACUUACUACUUAGCUGACCGUCGCUACGACAUGUUACCUGCUGUCCUCAGUGCCAAUUUAUGUUCCCUACUUGGCCUCGUUGACAGGUACGCUGUCAGCGUCAUGUGGGAACUCGAUAAAACCUCCUACGAAAUAAAAAAGGUCCGGUACUCCAGAAGCAUUAUCCGCUCUUCUUACAAACUCUUCUACGAGGCAGCCCAGGCGCUGCUGGAUGGCGACCUGACGGCUGCAGCCGAAAUCCCAGAGCUUCAAGAGCUGGACGAAAACACCAGGAAGGAAAAGCUGGACGAACUGGUCUGGGCGAUAGGGAAGCUGACUGACGUCGCCCGCUGUGUCCGAGCCAAGCGAGACAGCUGCGGGGCUCUGGAGCUGGAGGGGGUCGAGGUCCAGGUGCAGCUGGACGACAAGAAGAACAUCGACGCCCUCGUCCCUCGGCAGCCGCUGGAGGUGCACGAGACGAUAGCCGAGUGUAUGAUCCUUGCUAACCACUGGGUGGCCAGGAAGAUCUGGGAGAGCUUUCCGUACCAAGCUCUCUUGCGCCAGCACCCACCGCCACGGCAGGAGUUCUUUGCAGAGCUCCGAGAGUGUGCAAGCGCAAAAGGUUUCACAAUAGAGACACAGUCUAACAAGGCAUUGGCUGACUCCCUGGACAGAGCCGUUGACCCCUCUGAUCCACUUGUGAACAAGCUGCUGCGCUCCAUGGCCACCCAGGCAAUGUCCAACGCCCUGUACUUCUCAACAGGGUCGCAUCCCGAAGAAACGUUCGCCCACUAUGGUCUUGCCCUGGAUAAAUAUACCCACUUCACUUCACCCAUUCGAAGAUACGCUGACGUCAUAGUCCACAGACUGCUGUUGGCAGCCACUUCCAAAGAGGACCGAGCGGGCACCAAGGAGAACUUGUUCGGCAACAAAGAACUUGAAGAACUCUGCAAUCACGUCAACAACAGAAACAGGGCUGCCCAGCAUGCCCAGAAACAGUCGACAGAGCUUUUCCAGUGCAUGUACUUCAAAGACAAGGACCCGGAAAGAGAUGAGCACUGCACCGCCAAUGGGGUUAUCUACUCGAUAAGGACAAAUGGGGUGCUCGUCUUCGUGCCCAGGUACGGAAUAAAAGGCGCUGCCUAUCUGAAGAACAAGGAAGGUUUGGUCCUGUCAUGCCAAAGCGACAAGAGCUGCAGUUGGAAACCGGGGUCUCUCCAGCGUUUCCACGAUCACAUUAUCACCGUUCCCACAGCUGGAGAGCCUGUUGCCCUGAAACUCUUUGACCAUGUGACUGUACAAAUAUCUGUACAGAGUUCUCGGUGCCAUGCCGUCACUAUCCGGCUUCAGAUCACAAGCUGCCAGCCUUACAAAACGUCGGAAAUGGAGCUGGCUCACAGUCACCCCGUCUCCAAAACGGAUUUGGUAAAGGAAGUAACCAAGACCGCAGAGGAAGCUCAGCUGGCGCAGGACAAGGCCCAAGCAAAGCCCCUGGAGGAAGAGUAUGAACAGUACCGCCAGUCGAAGGGCGUGAGCCUCUACUGCUUGCUGGAGGAAAUCAAGGAUCUGGCUUUGCUGGAUGUAUCUGCAGACAGCGGAGCGUGAAGUGUCUUAUCCACAGUUGUUUCAUAGGGCCCUCCGACAGGCUUUUUGAGUUAGAAAUGACAGUAUGCGUGGAUAUUUUCUGUAAAAACAUUUUAGGUAGACCGUGCUUAACUGGACCCUGUAUAAUCAUUCACCAUUGACAAGGACAAAAUUUUAAGGUUUUGUUUUUAGCAGUUUAUUAUAACUGUACUCUAGAAAUUGACUACAGGAACCGUUAACUACUUUUAAAGUAACUCAGGGAACCUAUUUCAGCCACUGAUGGUGGUGUCAUUCCACAAGCUUGAGCCAUUCUUAAAAACGUGCCAUUCUAUCACACCAGACUAUUUAUAAACCUGCGUCUGUUUUACUGAACUGUUAAAAACUAAUUAAAACAGUUUAGAUCCGACAUUGAGUAUUCAAGUUGCUUUUGGUCUCCAUAAUGGGUUUGUUUGCAGGUGCUGAAUUAGAUUAAACAGGAGUCUUGGCAAGCUUUGAAAAAUCACUUUAAAGUGAAAAGAUAAACUGACAUUUGGACCUUUUUUCAGCAUCUGAAUUCCGGUGGCACGGCUGAAAAAGGAGGGCAUAAAGAAAGGUUUGUUGUUUGGAUCAACUCACUCUUCACUUGUGAAACAUCUUCUGUUUCCUUAGACUGAACACUGUAUUGCAAAAUUCCUCACAGGAGUUCCAAGACAUCCUUCUCUGCUAGGGAGGGGGCACCACAGUUUGUUGUGCGACAGCCAGGGUUAAAAGCUCUGGGAACUCGUGGGCUCUGAAUGAAAUUGCUGAGCGGUCGGG